CCGAACGAUAUUAAUGAAGAAAAAUGGUACAGUAUUCUAACUUCAUAUUUGUUUUUUUUUCAGAUAUUAUUGGCGAGUGAAGGAUUUGCAGUACAAAAUAACUUCUUGGGGCCAGAGACGCUCCUUGCGGUCGGAGAGCUUCUACGUGUUCACCUACGGAUACCGGAUGUACAUCCGGAUUUAUCCGCGUCACAACAACGAGAACUUCUACAUUCACGUCGGUCUGACGCAAGGAGAAUACGACCAACUGUUGCCUUGGCCUUUCAAGCUGAAGCACUUCGUCACGGUGCUCGAUUUAUCCCAGGACAAGCCGGAAGAUUUGAACUCCAGACUUUGGGACCCGAAGGAAUUGUGUUCUGGUUGGAAUUGGCGACGACCUGCGACCGGAGACAACUACGAAUGCGUAGGACUGGGAUUCCCAAUUGACUUGCUGAAAUCCCGGAAUUACAUCGUGGAUGAUUCAGUGGUUUUGCGUCUCACCGUGUUCCUGGAUUCGGCUUAGAAACAUUUUUUGGGUCUAGAUACUCAGUAGUAUUUAAAAUGAUCAUACUAACGAUUGUCGGCAAAUUGCCUUAUAUAUUUGGUCAACAAACAAACAAAAACUGAAUUAAACAAACUCGUUUGAAGAUGGAAGCGUUUUUCGGUUCAAAAGUUCAAAGUUUUCAUAAUGUCAGAUCUAACGACGGGAUUUUUUAAAGUUUCAUCAGCAUUGAAAGAGUUUGUGCAGCCUGAUUUCCUUAAUAUCCUGAAAAUCAAGAGAUGAAAGUUUCGCACAUGCUUUCAUUAAAUGCGUGGCCUGAGGGUUCCAAUUAAAAAAAAAAUUUCUACGGUCUGAUUCUACUGAAUCUGUAAAAAGUUACAUUUCUUCUGUAGCAGUAAAUACCUUAUGCCUUGAACCUAAUAGUUUCAAAAGACAAACAUAAAUUUUUAGAAGUUUGCUGAAAAAGUGAAAACAUUUUCUUCGACUUCACGCCGAAACUAGUAAACUCUCUUACACGUAUUGGGUUUUAUUUUUUCGUUUUUUUUAAAAAUCUGAUAUGAAAGCACAGUGAAGGUGUCCUCGAUAAUAAUUGAAUUCAAAAGAGGUGCUCGAAAUAUCGAUCAAUUGUUAUUUCUUGCGAAAUUAUUUUGUCCUGGGUUGAAGUGGGUUUUCCCGAUAAAUAUAUUUCAGCUCAUUUUUUUUAAAUGGUAGAAAAUGCCGUCACGACGUUUGACAGCUAACAGAUGUGUCUUCAUUGCAUUUUGACUUGAUUUUAAACUGCUCAAGUUCCUGCUUCUAUUCCGCUUUUCAAAGCAUAAGUAUUUCGCAAGCCUACAGGUGGUGAAAAUACUUAGAAUGCGUAUAUUCAAUCAAAAAAUUUUAGAUUGUUGCUGGAGAUGAAUUCAGUGACAUACUGUAGUGACAAGAAAUAACUAAAAAUCCCUCUAAAUCGGCAUAAAUUGUCUUAUGCAUAUUUUAUAUACCUAGACCUCAAUUUGAUUCUACAAUCUUCGCUAAUAUGUCUUCAUCAGUCAAAGACCGGAAAACAUGGCGCCGAUUGAAGCUAGAAUUCGAGCAGGCUUCAAUGUAUUCUCUCGAUUAACUAUAGUAAUUGGUUCGAGCU